GACAUGUUCCGCAAAGUGGUGCGGCAGAGCAAAUUCCGGCACGUGUUCGGACAGCCAGUCAAGAAUGACCAGUGCUACGAGGACAUCCGAGUGUCCCGCGUAACAUGGGACAGCACUUUCUGUGCUGUCAACCCCAAGUUCCUGGCAGUGAUCGUGGAGGCCAGUGGGGGCGGCGCCUUCCUGGUGCUCCCCCUGAGCAAGACCGGCCGAAUUGACAAGGCCUACCCUACGGUGUGUGGUCACACGGGACCCGUGCUGGACAUCGACUGGUGUCCCCACAACGACGAGGUCAUCGCCAGCGGCUCGGAGGACUGCACAGUCAUGGUGUGGCAGAUCCCAGAGAACGGGCUGACCUCCCCGCUGACAGAGCCAGUAGUGGUGCUGGAGGGCCACACCAAGCGAGUGGGCAUUGUCACCUGGCACCCCACCGCCCGCAACGUGCUACUCAGCGCAGGCUGUGACAACGUGGUGCUCAUCUGGAACGUGGGCACGGCGGAGGAGCUGUACCGCCUGGACAGCCUGCACCCUGACCUCAUCUACAACGUCAGCUGGAACCACAACGGCAGCCUCUUCUGUUCCGCCUGCAAGGACAAGAGCGUGCGCAUCAUAGACCCCCGCCGGGGUGUCCUGGUGGCGGAGCGUGAGAAGGCUCACGAGGGGGCCCGGCCCAUGCGGGCCAUCUUCCUAGCGGACGGCAAAGUGUUCACCACGGGCUUCAGCCGCAUGAGCGAGCGGCAGCUGGCACUCUGGGACCCGGAGAAUCUCGAGGAGCCCAUGGCCCUGCAGGAGCUGGACUCCAGCAACGGCGCCCUGCUGCCCUUCUACGACGCCGACACCAACGUGGUCUACCUCUGCGGCAAGGGUGACUCCAGCAUCCGGUACUUUGAGAUCACUGACGAGCCCCCCUACAUCCACUUCCUGAACACGUUCAGCAGCAAAGAGCCCCAGAGGGGCAUGGGCAGCAUGCCCAAGAGGGGCCUGGAGGUGAACAAGUGUGAGAUCGCCCGGUUCUACAAACUGCAUGAGCGCAAGUGCGAGCCCAUUGUCAUGACCGUGCCAAGGAAGUCGGACCUCUUCCAGGAAGAUCUGUACCCCGACACAGCGGGGCCCGAGGCAGCCCUGGAGGCAGAGGAGUGGGUGAGCGGCCGGGACGCCGACCCCGUGCUCAUCUCCCUGCGGGAGGCCUACGUGCCCAGCAAGCAGCGGGACCUGAAGGUCAGCCGGCGCAACGUGUUGUCCGACAGCCGGCCUGCCCUGGCCACUGGCUCCUCCCGCCCGGGGGCCUCCACCGCCACAGCCUCCUCCAGCCUCCACAGCGGGAGCCUCUCUGGAGGUGCUGAGGAGGCCGGAAGGCUGGAAGAGGUGAUGCAGGAGCUGCGGGUGCUGAGAGCGCUGGUCAAGGAGCAGGGGGAGCGGAUCAGCCGCCUGGAGGAGCAGCUGGGCCGUGUGGAGAACGGGGAUGCCUAGGACCAGGCCCCGCAACUGCCACCGCCCCUCACCUCCUGCGCCACCCCAUCACCCCACCUCUGCAGGUGUCACCCUGCUGCCUACCUGCCCCUGCCGAGGCCUCUGGCGCCGGCUGGCCAGUCUGCACCGACCCCUGGGGCGCAGGCCGGAGCUGGCUUUGGCGUCGCUACUGUGAAGGAUCCUGCCCAAGGCGAGCCUGUACUGAGGGACCCUGCACUGCCCAGGCCCUGCUCUCCCUGGAGAAAGGGCAAAGACGGGCUCUAUAUUUUCAUUCCAAAUAAAAUUCUCUUUGUAAAAGC